GAUACAUAUAGCACGCAGCUCAGCCGUUCAGUUUUGUUCAAAAUUACUAAUCUGUUUGCUGAUGAUAGCUAAUAUCCAAGGAGAGUUGUCGAAAGUUAGUGUUUUGUACGUUUCCUUCCGGCAUUGGUAGAUUCCCUUUGAACAGAGUUUGAAGACAUGGGAAUAGUCAGAAGAAGCUGUUGUGUAAUAAGGUCUACAGGAUAUCGGACAUGGCCAGCUCUGAGUUUGGACAGGCUUUUGAGGGCCUGAAGAGCUCAGAGUUUUAUGAGCCGCCUCCCACGGCUCCACCGGCGGGGACCGCGGGGUCCGGUACGGGGAGCGGUACUGGUACCGGUACCGCCCGCUCGAUCGGCUCCGGGUACAGCAUCCUGGUGAACCACCGGCAGCGCGGCAACCCCGUGCUGAAGGCCAUCUGCAGCGUGCCCUGGGAGUUCAGCGACAUCCAGCCCGACUAUGUGCUCGGCGCCAAGACGUGCGCCCUCUUCCUGAGCCUGCGUUAUCACCAGCUGAACCCCGGCUACGCGGCGGAGCGUGUCCAGGCACUCGGCUCGGCGUUCGAGCUCCGCGUCCUGCUCGUACAGGUGGACGUCCGAGAGCCGCACCACGCGCUCAAGGAGCUGACGCGUCUGUGUCUCCGCUGUGACAUGACGCUAAUGCUCGCCUGGAGUGCCGACGAGGCCGGCCGCAUCCUGGACACGUACAAGGCGUACGAGCACAAAUCUGCUGAGCUGAUCCGAGAGCCUCAGUCGGGAGGAGCUCUGGCGCAGGUCACCGACGCGCUCACCUCAGUGCGUUCGGUGAACCGCAGUGACGCCGCCGCGCUGCUCAACGCCUUCGGCUCGCUGGCGCACGUGAUACGGGCCACGGAGGAAGAGCUGGCUCUCUGUACGGGUAUUGGACCGAGCAAGGCCAAACGGCUUUACGAGGUGCUACAUAUGCCCGUCAGACGGACCGGCAGUCCGACAAAACGAAAGUGAGCCGACGAUGGAGGCAGUGACCGUGCCAAUGAUGAGAAGGCUGGGAUAAUGAGAAGGCUGGGGGUUGACGUUCUGACGCUCAGCGAAUCUAUCACUUUUUUAGAUGGAUAGCCCAGUGAGUGGCAGUUCUCCAACCCGUGAUGGCUGAGGUCCAUGCCUGGGCUGCGGCUCCCAGAGUCCGGUAGGUGGUGUUCCUUGCCCCGCCUCCUUUUCGGACUAGGAAGAUCUCUGGCCUGUUGUAUGCUCUCCGCCUGCUCCCAGAGGUCCGUCGUUCCGAAAUCUGGCGGGUUUGUGUCCUCACCGAGGCGAACGUGACCAACUUCUGCCGUCAUUGCAGUACCUGAUCUUUUUGUAACGUUCAGUUAUUCAUCAACUGCCCCAUGCCAGUUGUCGCGUCAUGUUAGUGUAAAUGAACGAGCGUUUUCGUGUGACUGCGAGUGUGAAAUGGUCAGUAGCACAGUACUGUGCUUCUGGUCAUAGUACUGGUACUGGUAGUACUGCUAGUAGACGGGUACUUACCCGUCUACUGCCAGCGCUUUUGUAAUGUGUCCACCCCGGCCUGUCUGUCUUAUAAUGUGUUAUUAGCCCAUGUAAAAUCAUAUUUCUCGUCGAAUCGUACAUAAACUUUUGCGCAUA